AUGGAGAAAUCACAAAAAAUACGAUCCUUUAAUUUGCUUUUUUUAGAAGAGGAUGAGGAAUACAUUGAUGACAUGCUAAUAACAAUGAAAGGAAAGAAAGAAAAACAUGAUAAUAAAAAUAGCAGUAUUAAUAAUAAUAGAAAUGAAGAGUGUAAUUUUAUUUAUGUUGAAUUAAAGGGUCGAUUAAGACUUUGCUCGAAAUCAUUAAUUUUUGAAGCGUAUGAUGUUGAUGAGGAAGUACUUAAGUUUCCUUUUAAAAAAUUAGAGAAUGUAAAAUUAGGAAUAUUUAAAAAUGAAAUUAUAAUUAAGACAUGUGAAGUGAUACGAAUUAAAACUAUUAUACAUAAUAAGAAAACCAGAUGUAUAUCACAAUUUAGUUAUGAAAGAAAAUAUAAAAAAAACAUAAACGUGUUAAAUAAUUUAUAUAAUGAAUAUUAUGAUGAAUAUAAAACCAUUGAUAAUAAUAAUAUAGAUGAAAAAAUACAUAUAUUUGAAAAAUUAUUAAAUAAUUUUGAUGAUUUUUUAGACCUUAACAAAUGUUAUAAUAAUAAACAUGUAUCUGUGGAUGAUACGAGAAAAGAGAAUAUAAAUAAUACACAUGUAAAUUCAGAUGAAGAAAAAAAAAAAAAUAUAAAAAUGCAAAACGAAAGAAAUGAUCCUAUUUCUGUGAAUACACAUUUGAGUGAUGCUAUAGGUAACAAACUAGAGUGUGAUAAUAAUAAUAAUAAUAAUAAUAAUAAUAAAAAUGAUGAUAGGAAUCAAAAUAUACAAACACAAAAUAAAAAUGAUGAUAGGAAUCAAAAUAAUGAUAAAGGUAAUGUUUGUAGGGAUGAACCUCCUUUUGAUAGGGAUCAGAUAAAUUACGAAACAAAAGGAAUGUCAUUAUAUUCAGAAAGUUCAACAGAAAAAGAAAAAAGUUUUGUGUACAUUUUUUCUUGUGAGAACUCAACAAUGCUUAUGAAAAAAAUGAAACACAUCUAUGAGUUGAUUAUAAAAAUAAAGACAGCAAUGAUCAUUAAUGAAAAACAAAUGGAUAUUUUGAUAAAAGAAAAGAAAAGUAAAUAUAAAUCGGUGAAUAAAGAACGAGCUGAAGAGAUGAUAAAUAAAAAUAAUAAUAUUAUGAUUAAUGGUAGUAGUAAUAAUAAUAUUAUGAUUAAUAGUAAUAAUAGGAAUGUAUUUAAAUCAGAUACUAUAAAGGAUAAUAGUUAUAAUAAAGAAAUAAAAAAAACAAAUGAUAAUAAAAUGAAUGAAUACUCUAGAAGUAAUAGUGUUGUAAAAAAUAAAGAAUUAAAUUUAGAUAAAUAUAUAGAAAGUAUUAUGGAUAAAUUAAAAGAGAAUGUAAAAUUUGAUAUUAGCAGUAUAAAUAUCCAUGAGAAAAUUAUUACAAAUCGAAUUGAUGGCUUUUGGGUUUAUAAAGUAUCUCCUUUAUUAAAAGUAAAAGGUAUUUUAAAUAUUACUAAUAAAUAUAUAUAUUUCCAGCCAUAUCCGAAUUUUACUAAUAAGAAAGAAAAGAAAUGGAAUGUUGAAAAGAUUUUACAUGUAUUUAAAAGAAUAAUAACUAUGAAGCCUAAUGCUCUAGAAAUAAUUUUUGAAAAUGAGAAAAGGAAAAAAUAUGAUUCGUUAUAUAUAGAAUUUUUAUCAUAUGAUGAAAGAGAAAUAAUAAUAGAUAUAUUGAAAAGAUUAAAAUCUGAAUGUUUUUUUAUUGAAGAAAAUAAAGAUUUUGUUUAUGUUGUACAAGAAAAAUGGUCCCAAGGAUAUAUAAGUAAUUAUAUAUAUUUAGAUUUUUUGAAUUGUGUUGGUGGUAGAAGUCGAAAAGAUUUUUCUCAGUAUCCUAUAUAUCCAUGGAUUAUUUCAUGUUAUAAAACAAAUGAAAAACUUCAAUAUGAUAAUAAAGAAAUAUAUCGUGAUUUAUCAAAACCAGUUGGUUGUUUAAAUAAAAGUCGCUUAAACUCAUUAAUAGAAAAAAUGCAUGAUCAUGAUUAUUUUUAUGGUUCUCAUUAUUCGACAUUAGCAUAUGUUAUAUAUUUCUUAAUUAGAUUGUAUCCAGAAUGUCAAUUAAAAUUACAGAGUGGAAAAUUUGAUACUAUAUCAAGAAUGUUUUUAUCUGUUGAAAGUACUUAUCAUACAGCAUUAAAUGCAAAUUCAUCAUUUAUAGAAUUGAUUCCUGAAUUUUAUGAAGAUGAUGAAAGCUUUUUAAAAAAUUAUUUAAAUAUUAUAACAAAUGAAGGCAAUAUAAAUGAUGUUAUAUUACCCAAAUGGUGUUCUAGUCCUAAGGAAUUUUUAAUAUUUAUGAAAAACGCAUUAGAAAGUAAUUAUGUUAAUCAAAAUAUAAAUUCUUGGAUUGAUUUAAUAUUUGGCUAUAAACAAAAUGGUCAUAAUGCAAAAGAAUGUUUUAAUUUAUUUCAUCCCUUAACAUACAUGCAUUCUAUAUUAAAUGAAAAGUUAUCUAGAGAUUUUAAUAAUAAAGAUAAUUAUGAAAGAUAUAAAGCAGAACAAGAAAACACUUUUGAACAAAAUUUUAAUCAAAACAUUAAAGAUUUAAUUACUACUAUGUCAUCUAAAGCUCUGAAAACUCAACUUCAUGAAUUCGGACAAUGUCCUUAUCAAAUAUUUAAACAACCUCAUGUGUCCAAGAAGGAAGUUUAUACUUUUGUUUAUAAUGAAAAAAUAUCCAAUUUUUUUUGGUAUUAUUCUGAUGUAAUAAAUCAAUUGUUGAGGGACGAAAUAAUGAAAAAAAAAAAAAAAAUAACCAAUAAUAAUAAUAAUAAUAAUAAUAAUAAAAUGAAAAGAAAAAAAUAUAAUCAUAAUAUUGCAAGGGUUUAUGGGGCAAAUAGGAUAAGCAUGGAGAAGCGUUAUAGUGAGGAUGGUUCUUUGGUUCAUUAUGAUUAUGAAGGAGAGGACGUGAUAAAUGGGAAUAUGGGAUAUGGUAUGGAUGAUGUGGAUGAUGUGAAUAAUAUGGACGAUGUGGAUAACAUGGAUGAUGUGGAUAAUAUGGAUGACAUGGAUGAUAAUACCAAAAAUAUGUUUGAUGAUGACGGUGUGAUUGAUGCUAACGGUGUGAUUGAUGCUAACGGCGCAGCGAGGAGGUGUCCUUUCCCAUCGAAGACAUCUUCAGAGAAACAAAGGAAUAUUCUGGUUGAGUUUAAAAACUUGAAGUACGAAAAUAUAAAUAAAAAAACAAAGGAUGAAGAAUAUUGUGAUUAUUUUAAAAGAUAUAAUUGGACUUUACAUAGAUCAGAAACUGUUUGCUCAUGUAAAAUAAGAGGAAUAGCUAGUACAUCUGAACAUAGUUGUUUUUGUUGUAAUAAUGGAUAUAUAAAAUUAAUAACACAUAAAGAUUUAUUGAAUUGUAAUAUAAAAAAUAAUAAUAAUUUUAUUUCCUUAAAAAUAAGUGAUGAUAAUUUUUCUUGUAUAAAUAAUUUUGAAAAUAAUUAUGUGUUAGGAACAAAUACUGGUAAGAUUGUGUUUAUAAAUCCUAGGAGUAUAUUACAUAUAGAUAAUAAAAAAAAGUAUAGUACAUGUGAUAAAAAUAAAAUAGAUAUAAAACAAAAAGGGAAAAAUGAAAAUAGGAAUGAAGAGAUGAUUAAAAAUAAUAAUGUAAUAUAUACUAAUUAUAAUAAUGAGUAUGAAACAAAUAUCUUCAGUGAUGACUUUUCUGAUGAAAUAUUUAAUAUUUAUAGUAACGAAUCAAGUGAUUUUUUAUAUAGUUCUUUUGAAGAUAUAUUUUAUGAAAACCAUGAGAAUAUAUAUGAUAAUAUAAUAAAUAGUAAGGAACAUAAAAGUUUAUUUUCUAAUGAUAAUAAUAUAUAUAGUCAACUUAUAUCUAAAAAAAUACAUAAUGAUACAAUUAACAGCAUUAGUAGUAGUUAUAACUACAUAGCAACAGGUUCAUCUGAUGAAACCAUAGAAUUAAUCAAUGUAGAUACAAACUUUGAUAUUGUACAAGUUUAUGAUAACUUUGAUGAUAAAGUUAGAUAUGUGGAAUUAAAAAAUAAAUUCUUAUUUGCAAUAUCAAAUGAUAUAAAACUUUUUGAUAUUAGAGUUGGUAAAAAGAAUAUAUAUCUUAAUAAUAUAAAUAAUUUUAAUAGUUCUAAUAAAUUAUUUAUUAAUAUAUCAAAUCAUAAUAAGGGUGCAAAAAAAAAUAUUGAAUUUGCUAGAAAAAGGAUCUAUAAAAAUGUGCAUGGAAAUAAUAGGAUAAUGUAUGGAAAUGACAAUAUGAUGUAUGGUAAUGACAAUAUGAUGUAUGGUAAUGACAAUAUGAUGUAUGGUCAUAAUAAUAUAAUGUAUUGUAAUAAUAAGAAUAAUUUCAUAUGUGAGCCAUAUCAAGAUAAUUAUGUAUAUGUAAAUUAUUUAAACAAACAAUUCCUUUUUGAAAAAAAAAUAAAAAAAAAUGUUCACCCUAAUUUUAGUAAAAAUAAACCGAAUAUUAUACAUGCAUGUCUUAUUAAUGAUUAUAAUAUAUUAUGUGUAGAUGAAAAGGAUUAUUUAUAUUUUUAUGAUAUACGAAAUGAGAAGUGGCAUAAUAUCCUAUCGACCUCAUCAAUGGGAAGUAUAAAAAAUAAUAACAAAUAUAAUUUAAAAAAGAAAAGAAAUUAUAAAAUUGUUUCUGCUGCUUGUAAUAAACAACGUUUAUGUUUAGUAAAUAAUGAUGGACAUGUUUUUUAUGAACAUAUGAACUUUUGUGAUAAUAAUAAUAUAUUGUCAAAAACAAAUUUUUUCCCAAGGAUUUCAUUAACAACAACAAAAUAUAUAACAUUCUUUAAUCAUUUUGAUCAUAUAAAUAAUAUGAAUAAUGAUUAUAUUUUAUUUACAACUGAAGACGCACAAAUGGAAAUAUACAAAAAGGGAAACUAA